AUGAAGCAUACCCCAGACCCGCGUGGGAAACAGCCUCCAAGCUACCUUUGCCGCAUUUUGAAAACUUCCCAAACUUCUGGAGCAUCCAGAACUUCCGGCCGACUCCCCCCCUUCAGGUCGGCCUUGAGCCACAAACCUUACACCUCGCCAGCCUUACAUCUCGCCAGCCUUACACCUCGCCAGCCUUACACCUCGCCAGCCUUACACCUUGCCAGCCUUACAACUUGCUACCCUUACAACUCGCUACCCUUCCCUCGCACCACCUCGCUCGCACCCACCUUGCUCGCACCCACCUUGCUCGCACCCACCUCGCUCGCACCGUUACACCUCCCUCGCUACCCUUACACUACAUACCUAGCACCUCGCUCCAGCACCCUUUCACCUUGCUGA